GUUAGCAAACAAACUGCCACCUGUAGUGUUGCUUGAACAGGUAUAAAGACAAGGUUGGUGAUUUACUGCCACCUAUAUUUAUUGAAUGUUUGCUCAAGAGUACAAUUCAUUGGUUGAUCACUCCUCGUGUGAUCCUUCCUUAAACCAUAGGAUGUCCCACUCAGUUGACUACCUCAAAAUGGUGAAAGUCCUCAAUGGCUCUGCCCAUGCAAAAACAAUGGCUUUUGGGCACUAGCAUCCUCUUUCUAUGUCUAUGGUUAGUAUCAUUAGCCAGAGGAACAACAGUACUGCAUAUAACAGUUAUCAAUAAACCUUGACAUUUGAAAAAGCCCAACCCUCAGUCUUAGAAGGAACUGAAAUGAGUAGCCUGUCAUCCAAAGGCAGCGUCUGACUUGUGUACACAGUAAUCAUGACUCAAAUGUGUGUUUCUGGUGUGUAUCAGGUUUCAAAACUAACGAAGGACUCGGUAUCUUGCUUUUUUCUUUUGCAUUGAUUGACCAUUCCAGUAGCAUCAAAGUGGAGGAAAUGUAUUUACUCUGAGCUGAGAAAACAUUUAUACUCUACAGACAGCAGCACAAGGAAAGGAAAACAUUUUCUUCAGUGAAGAAUGAGCGAAAGUUUCAAGGAAGGCCCUGACAUUCAGGGAACACAGUUCAGGGGUCCUUCUCUGUCCCAGCAGAGGAGGGUCAUCCAUUUCUCCAGCGGUGAGACUCUAGAGGAAGAUAACAGUGAGGAAGAGGAGGAUACAUCACAUGAGCAGGUGUUUAGGGAGCCUGAAGACAUGCUUAAACUUCCGUGGAGAGCAUAUACUUGGUCUCUGGGCAGGAAGUCAUUGCGCACUUGUGAUUUUCUUGGGGAAAAACUGGCUGGUCUACUUGGCCUUAACACUGCCAAAUACCAGUAUGCUGUAGACGAAUAUCAACGUUCCAUUAAGACCACAGCCAGUAAAGAAACGGAAUGCUCUUAUGAGGAAGGAACAGAGAGAAUUCACCUUUCUUCAAGGAUGAGCAGUGAAUAUGGGGCCACAAGCUCCCACAGACCCCCUGCUGGUUCUCAAGCCUCCCAGAACAUUGAGCACAGAACUACAGGAUCCCACAACAAGGGCUAUCAAAAUGAUAAUGAGCACUGAGAAAGAACUAGCUAUUAUGAAUUAAACAUAUUAACAUGUGUUAAGAAAGCUAAUAUUCAUGUUGAUGAUUGUAUUUUUUGCUGUUCCUCUCGCUAUGGUUUCUACCAAACCAGGGUUCAAAUACAUGUAUAUUUGAUAUUUAAAA